GCUCCGGAAGUGUAUCUGUACACACGUGCGUUCAUGUAUUUGAAGUUUUUCACGUGUGGGAUGUUUGCUUGCUUCUGAUUAUUAAUAACAUAGCACGUCUUUUUCAGAGAAUAUGAAGUUUGCUUACAAGUUUUCCAACUUGUUAGGCGCAUUUUAUCGUCACGGGAACUUAACUUUCUCAAAAGAUGGCAAUUCUGUCAUCAGUCCUAUAGGCAACCGAAUCUCCGUUUUUGAUUUGAAAAACAACAAAUCGGAAACCUUACCUGUGUCCACCACAAAGAACAUCAGUUGUGUUGGAAUAUCUCCCAAUAGGAAUCUCGCUAUUCUUAUUGAUGAAGAUGGAGCAGCUAUACUGGUCAGCCUGGUCACUCGGGCAGUACUCCACCAUCAUCAUUUCCAUAAGCCUGUGAACAGUGUUUGUUUCUCUCCUGAUGGCAGGAAAUUUGUGAUAACAAAAGAAAAUGUGGCUCUAUUGUACCAUGCCCCUGGAAGAAACCAAGAAUUUAAUGCGUUAACAUUAGACAAGAGCUAUUAUGGACCAUUUGAUGAAACAACUUGCAUUGACUGGACAGAUGACUCCAAGUGUUUUGCGGUUGGUAGCAAGGACAUGACCACAUGGAUUUUUGGAGCAGAGAGAUGGGCAAACCUCAUCUACUACUCAUUGGGUGGACACAAGGACAUCAUAGUUGGCUGUUUCUUUGAGAAGGAUAGUUUGGAUAUGUACACUGUUAGUCAGGAUGGCACCCUGUGUAUAUGGGAAAGUGACACCGAGCUAGAGGACCUACGGAAAGGCCCAAAAUUCUCUGAGAGAAAUAAGGUGGAUAAGAAUAAAACAAAAGACACUGAGGACAAUGGAGGGUAUGACGACAUUGAAGAUGUUGGAGAAGAGGAUGGAGAAACGAGAGGAGAGAUUAUUAAAGGAAGCGCAAAUGCACCCAAAGAACUGAAAGGCAUAAAAAAUGUCUGCUAUACACAGAUAAGCAAACACUAUUUCAACAAGGAUGGUGAUUUCAGCAAGUUGACAGCUGCAACCUACCACAAGAAAACGCACAUACUGGUGACAGGCUUUGCAUCAGGAGUCUUUCACCUGCAUGAGCUGCCUGAAUUUGACCUCAUUCACUCACUCAGUAUUUCAGAUCAGAGGAUUUCUGCCAUAACUAUGAAUCAAACUGGUGACUGGAUUGGCUUUGGCUGCUCAGGUCUGGGUCAGUUGCUGGUUUGGGAAUGGCAGAGUGAGUCAUAUGUGUUUAAACAGCAAGGACACUUCAAUAACUUGAACUCUUUGGCUUAUUCACCUGAUGGACAGUAUAUUGCCACUGGAGGGGAUGAUGGCAAGGUUAAAGUGUGGAACACUAACAGUGGCCUCUGUUUUGUGACAUUCACCGAACAUUCCAGCAGUGUAACUAGUGUUGCCUUUACGUCCAGUGGCUUUGUGGUGGUUAGCGCAUCACUAGAUGGCACCGUUAGAGCAUUUGAUCUACACAGGUAUCGUAACUUCCGUACUAUGACAUCUCCACAACCUGCUCAGUUCUCCUCACUGGCGGUGGACAGUAGUGGGGAGCUGGUGUGUGCAGGUUCUCAGGACUCUUUUGAGAUUUUCCUUUGGUCUUUGCAGACUGGACGGCUGCUAGAGGUGCUCAGCGGUCAUGAAGGUCCUGUCAGUAACUUGUGCUUCAGCCCAGUCCAGUCUGUGCUCGCCAGUGUGUCAUGGGACAAAACUGUCAGACUGUGGGAUAUGUUGGACAGCUGGCAGACCAAAGAGACUUUGUUGCUCACCUCAGAUGGACUCGCUGUAACAUUUCGUCCUGAUGGUCAAGAAUUGGCAGUGACCUCCCUAAAUGGCGAGAUCACGUUUUGGGACCCUCAGACUGCAGCACAGACUGGCACAAUCACUGGCCGUUCUGAUUUGCAGAUGGGACGUAAAGAGACCGAGAAAAUCACUGCCAAGCAAUCUGCUAAGGGAAAGUCCUUUAGCUCCUUGUGUUACUCAGCAGAUGGUGAAUCAAUCCUUGCAGGUGGACAGUCAAAGUUUGUAUGCAUUUAUAACGUUAAGGAACAGAUUCUGAUGAAGAAGUUUGAGAUUUCCUGCAAUCUCUCUCUGGAUGCUAUGGAGGAGUUCCUGGAUAGGCGCAAGAUGAUAGAUUUUAGGCAUCACAUUUUGGCAGAUGAGGGAGCAGGUGAUGGAGAUGAAGUGGAUCUCAGUCUUCCUGGAGUCAGAAGAGGUGAUAUGAGCUCCCGACACUUUAAACCGGAAAUCCAUGUUAGCUCGCUCUGCUUCUCACCAACUGGGCGCAGUUGGGCAGCAGCCUCCACUGAAGGUUUGCUCAUCUAUUCUUUGGAUGCAUCACUAGUGUUUGACCCCUAUGAUCUGGACAUGGAUGUCACUCCAACAUCCAUACAGCAGCAGACAAAGAAGAAAGAGUGGGCAUCGGCCAUCUUGCUGUCCUUUCGCCUUAAUGAAACUUCACUUAUAAGAGAGGUUCUGGAGGCAGUGCCGUAUGACCAAAUUGCAGUGGUCUGUGGCUCGCUCCCAGAUGUCUAUGUGGAUAAACUUCUGGACUUUGUCGCAUCAACACUUGAAAAAUCAAACCAUCUGCAGUUUUACCUAACUUGGACUAGGUGUCUGCUCACCAUGCACGGACAGAAACUCAAGAAUAGAUCUCGAACCAUACUGCCUAGUGUACAACAGCUGCUGAAGAGCAUUCAAAGACACCAUGGUGAUCUCUCUAAACUCUGUGACUGGAAUAUUUACAACAUUUGCUAUGCCAGUGCUCUGUCUAAACAAAAUGGCAGCAGAAAUAUACAGGAAUAGACUCAUGAGAAUGAAGAAAAGUACGUGAGGAGUCCGCCUAUAAUGAUGGAGUGCUGAAAUGAAGGUGGUAAACAGAGCCAGCACAUCAUCAAAAGAAAUUGAAAGCACACUGGAGGGCGAGACAAGAAAAUUAUGUAAUUUUUUUCUUGCCUAAUGUCUGUGUUUUGUCAUCUUUUAGAACUAGAAGGUAAAGUGGGUUCGUCUGUGUAUAUACAAAACAGUUGGUACACUUUUUGGCAAGACAUUUUAAUCUUCUAUGCUGUAGUCUAAAGAAAAUUCUAAAUAUCGAAUGGUUAAUUUCAGUGGUUCAGACUCUGUUUCCUUUGAUAUUUUAAAUUUAAUCUGCUUGAUGUUUAGAAGGCAAAUAUGGCUUCAUAUUCUGAAUAUUUGAACAUGUUUACGUGUUUAAAAAACAGUAAAAACUGUGAUGUCAUGGACGUAUAUUACAUGUUUAGCCUAUAGGCUUGCUCCACUGUUAGCAGAUGUGUGAGGUUCCCACCCAAUUGGACGCUUUUGAAUGUACAGGUAAAAAUAGGUUUGGGCAGGUGUACAAAAUUUGGUCUGUUUUGGGAAUCGCAAGUUGUCAGACAUUUUCAAACAUUCAGAUAUUGUAUUAAUGUACUUAAUCCAAUGUUCAGCUGUGUUUGUCAGCAUCCUGUUCAUAUAAAAUCCCCAAACCUGCUUCUUUUCUGCAUUUGAAGGUAACAUAUCUUUCAACAAGCUGCUGUACCACCAAAUACUGUGACCAUUGAAUUAUUGGGGUUGGGAUUAAAAACAGAAAUUACA